UUUGCCGUCGGUCAACGUAAAGAGCGCAGCAAGUUGCAGAAUAAAAAUCUAUACAUAUAUAUAUAAGACUUAAUAGUGGAUUCCAGGAGGCCGCCUAAACAUCUGGGACGUGUCUUGCUUCAAGAAACAUGUGAUAAAACGAAACAAAAUCAGAAAUGGAAAUAAAAUUGGGCUGGAAAUAAACUGAAACAAAGUCGUAUAUAAACAAAUAGAUUGUGAAAAGCGUGAACAUUUCUCGAUUGGACUAUAAGCAGGCAUCAGCCAAGUGAUUAAGUACUGAGACUAGAGUUGUGCAGAAGUAUUCAAUAGUAUUUUCUUGUGGUUGUAGAUAAUUAAACACAUUGUUUAAUUAAAGACCGUAAUUAAAGACGAGAAUAAUUAACGUUCAUUCAAGGGAUUUUUAAAUUAAUUAUUUACAGCCAGCCAUGGAAUUGGCGAUGAAGUAUAUGUUUGGAUUUAAAUGGAUGUAUAGUCUUCUACUACUAAUCAAGAUGGCGUCAGCUAUUGUCAAGAGGGAAAUAGUAGACAUAUCGAUUAAUGAACAGAAUACACGAAUAACCAACGCCUCCAUAGAAUGCUACAGAUCUAUGAUAUAUUCAACACCUACACUCAAUGGUACAUUUUGUCCAAGUGUCUGGGAUAAGAUAUUAUGUUGGCCGGAUACACCAGCGGGUACAUCAGCUAGUUUAACCUGUCCGGAUUAUGUUGAUGAUUUUAAUACACAAGCUAAUGCUAGUAAAUAUUGUACAAAAGAUGGAACUUGGUUUUUUGAUUCUAAUAUUAAUCAAACCUGGGCAGAUUAUACACACUGUUUGACAUCAGUAUCAGAUCUAAUGCGGUCCCAUGUUGGAAGAAUAAGUAUUAUGUAUAAUAUUGGAUAUGGAUUAUCACUCGUAUCAUUGUUGUUAGCAGUUUUUAUUAUGGUAAAAUUUAAACGACUCCAUUGUGCUAGAAAUACCAUCCACAUAAAUCUGUUCGCAUCUUUUAUUCUGCGAGCAUCUAUAUCCUUUAUGAAAGAAAAUCUCCUAGUUCAGGGGGUAGCCUUCUCUGCAGAUGUAAAAAUUUUACCAAAUGGUCAUCUGUCAUACAUUGAAGAAAGCACGCAUUGGCAGUGCAAGUUGUUUUUCACAACGUUUCAUUACAUAUUAGGCGCUAACUAUAUCUGGGUAUUUGUAGAAGGGCUAUAUCUACAUAUGUUAGUCUCAGUAGCUGUCUUCUCAGAAAAAACUGGUAUUAAAUGGUAUAUGCUCUUUGGUUGGGCCGCCCCAGUAACAUUUGUUCUACCGUGGGUGAUAGUUAGAGCUACUAUUGAAGAUAAGUAUUGCUGGAACACGUCACCAACACCGGGAUAUUUCUGGAUUAUGAAAGGUCCUAUUGUAGCAUCUAUUGUGAUAAAUUUUUUAUUUUUCUUAAAUAUUGUUCGUGUUUUGUUUACCAAAUUAAAUGCUGUUAAUUCUCCUGAAGCAAAGAAAUUCAGGUAUCAAAAAUUAGCCAAAUCGACGUUGGUUUUAAUACCGUUGUUUGGUGUACACUAUAUUGUUUUUGUUGGUUUACCGGAUCGUCUUGAUGAAAGACUGGAACUCGUUAAACUUUAUUUCGAAAUGUUUUUUAAUUCCAUACAGGGUUUCUUUGUUGCUUUAUUGUUUUGUUUUUUGAAUAGUGAGGUACGAACAGAAAUAAAGAAAACCUGGCGCCGUUUCAAAUUAAACCGAUUUCAUACGUUUCAGCGUGGUCGAUCUCACUUAAGUACUUUCGCGACGUAUGUCUCAAAAGUGCGCGGUUCUGUGUCAUCUUUUUCAAACCAUGACGACCAGCCACAUGAUGGUCAACCAACUAAUGGAAAGGGACAUACGUUAAACGAAGGCACGGCCUUGAAUUCGGAAAUUGUCGAUAUUAACAAUAAGUAUAUCUCUAACGGAGGUGUUACAACAGCAAAUAUUGAUGAAGCCUUACCAAUGAUGGCACUUCCUGUGAAAGAAGGGGAUACCGAUUCUGGUUAUGUAAAUUCGGUUCACAGUGGUCAUUUAUAACAGUUAAUUUAGUAUGUGUGAACGUUUUACUGUGAACCAAGUUGAGACGCAGUGAUUUGGCAGACUACCUUUCAAAUAUCCCGUCUUACUGAUCUCGACUGUAAAACUGGAUAAUCUGACAAUAAUGUGUAAUGAAGAAGCGGAUUCUGAAUCAGAACUGGAUACCGGAUUAAAACGAAAUCGCUGCUCAGUCAAAUCUAACUAUUGGAUUGUGUUUUGUGACAUUUUAUUUUAGCGCUAAAUCAAUUCGCUAAAAACGUCAUUGUUUCAUACGAAGUACAUGAAUAUACGAUAAAAUGUACGGUAAUUGAAUAUCGUAAAGAUUUUAAAAUCAAACUAUAUUGCAAUCCCUGGUGUAAUAAAGUUCCGUGGUGUAAACCAUUGUUCGAGUGCAAAUUUUACAACUUUACGAUAAAAAAAUAAGACCUGGAAGUGGAAGGGAAGUGAUAUAUAAAUAAUGUUGCCUUGUCCACCAUACAAACUGCUGGUUGGAAGGGAUGGGGUGGUCAAGAGUGUCGCGUCUUGAGCUCUUGCUGUCUGGUCACCUCUAGCAUGCGGUCGUGGUUUAGAUCUUAAAGGUUUUCUCCGGAUUCCUCCCACAGGGAAGGCCCCUGCGCAUGUUAUAAGCUUAAUAAAAUAAGACAACUUGUCUGCGAUAUCACCCUCGGUGGAAGCGGAUGAAAUGAAACCCUGGAUAUAUUGUGUUCGACUGAAUUACCACAGCUCAAUUGUAAUAUGAUUUAAAGACAACCAAAGACAGGUGUAAAUAUUAUUUAAUGAUGAUUUCGUGGCUGUUUGGGAGUGGUCUGGUUUGGGGUUUUCAGUUAAUUGAACAAGGGACUAUGGAAUAUUGCCAGAAUACAGCUAAUCUAACGGGGUGAAUAGUAUCACUCAAAUCUCUCGGAUUUUCAGUAACAACUUGUACGAUGCACACUGCAAUACUGAUAAAGCGUUAUUUUGUCAAUAGAGAGCCACGGUUGCUAAGUGAGUAAGACGCUGGUCUCGGAUUCGCUCCCGCUGUUGGCCGAGAAAGUUCAUCGGGAUUUUCCAGCGUGGUUCCCCCUGUCAGUGGUGAAUGGAUGGAGGACCUGACAAGGACAGCUAUCUAGUCGUUCGGAUGGUACGAAAACCCGAGGUCCCGCGUACACAUUGGCGUGCACGUAAUAGAUCCCUUGGCAGUUGGAAUUCGGUAUAAGAAUAGGCCGUAGCGCCGCUGUCCGGUCCAAAUAUCCCUUAUAGCACACUGUAUGGCGUAUGCCCGUCUUCACUAGCCCAGACGGAGCAAAACAGUAGGGCGUUAAACCCCAUUUGAUUUCAUUUUUUUUUUUUGUCAAUGUCGUGACCGAUAAAAAAAUAUAUUAUGUUAUAGAUAUUUAUAUUCUACACGUAAUGAUUUUAUAAAACAAUGACAGAAUUGUGAAUAAUUAAAAUUUGGACCUAAAAUGUCGCAGAAUCGACCAGUGCCAUUCAAAAAUAUUUUAACGUAUUCAGGAUUUUAUUGUCCCAACUUUUUAGAAACUUUUUAAAUGCACCUUCCGUAGAUACAGGGUACCUUGUUAUGAGAUCGCCUGCUGAAAUCGCGUUAAAUCACAACUUAAAAGAACCAAAUUAAGGUUUAGAUAUCUGGACUGGUGUUCCAUAGUCUCGGAUCGCAAUCCAGAUCAUUGACCCCAAAACAAACAUAGUUGUUGUGUUAUUGAUGUUGUUGUUACUGAUUCUCUCAAUUAACAUUAUUUCAUUUUGACGACAUUAUUAUAAUUGUGUAAUAGACCUAUAGUGCGCUUACAUUUUAUAUGUGUGUUGAAACAAUACGGUGCUGUGAUCUAAAUUUAUUGACCGUUUUAAUGUGUAUAUCGGUGAGUUGUAUAUAUAUAUUAAUCAUAUUUAUAAACCUCUUCGUGUUUUUUGGUAGAAACUUUUACAUCAAUGUGUUAUAUAGCUGUACUUGUAUUAAACUUCAAUUUCAAACUAACAUUCUGAUUUUAUAAACUUCCUAGGUAAAUUCCGAUACCACGCGCUAACUCCCCCCCCCCCCCACAAAGCCAUUACUAAUCACUUCCGCACUGUCUUGCAGGGUAUGUUUUCUUUGUUCAUUACAAAUGGUGCCCGAAACCACAGUGGAAUACAC